UUUCUCCGCACCAACCUCGUGUCGCGACCAAACGUGGAGUCCCCAGUGGAGUCUCCGUGAGCUGUGCGCAGUCUCCAAACUUGCUGGUAGUGUCGCGUGGCGGCUAAGCUUGCUGGGUGACUAUGGCUGACUCCUGUUCACCCGAUCCCAGUGUCCUUGUGCUCGGAUACGCGCCCCAGUGAAUUACCAGGUUAUUUUGUGGAGAAGCGAGCUGCAGCCCGGGGUCGGCAAUAUCUGGGACACUUAAAGCGCGAACAUACCCCGGAUUUGUAGAUCAGCACUGCCAUCUGCAGCCAUCUCUACACCGACUCAUCUAGUCUCCUUGACCUUUAGCCACAAUGGGAGGUUUCGCAAGAGCGCCAGAGGACAGGCCUACGCCGCCGGAAGUGUACAACUGGAGAGUGUACAUGGCAGCUAUGGUUAUCUCUAUGGGUGUCCUGGCGUACGGAUACGACUCGGCCUUCAUUGGGACGACGAUCACGCAUGAGAGUUUCAAGCGUGAUUUCGGCCUCAACAACAUGUCGACAUCCGAAAAGAACGAGGUGACGAGCAACAUCACUUCAAUCUACUCUGCAGGAGGUCUCGUUGGAGCCCUGUUCAUGUACCCUCUGCUUGAACUGCUUGGCCGCCGCAUGACAGUCAUCAUCUCAGACGCCAUCUUCAUCGUCGGUGCAGUCCUGUGCACCGUUCCUACACACCAGAUCGGUCUUGUCUACGCUGGACGAUUCUUCACCGGAAUGGGUGUUGGUGGCAUCGCCGCUGUGUCUCCUAUCUACAUCGCCGAGAUCUCGCCCCCGGCCAUCCGUGGCCGCCUCACUGGUUUCUUCGAGUCCUUCUACCAGACUGGCGCUGUCAUCGGCUUCUGGAUCAACUACGGCAUUGUACACAACAUGGACAGAAGCAAAUCUAUUGCCUGGAGAGUGCCAAUGGCUGUCCAGCUCAUUCCUGCAGGCCUUUUGGCGUUGAUGAUUCCUUUGUUAAAGGAGUCGCCCACAUGGCUCCUGAAGCGUGGACGCAAGGCUGAAGCUUUGAAAGUGUACAGCUUCUUCCGCAACCUGCCCGAAGAUCACGAGUACAUUGCCCAGGAUGUGGCCUUUGUUGAGAUUGAAAUCGCAAAGGAGAGAUCGGCUCUCGUUGGAGAUCAGCAGCACGCCAGCUUUACGCAGAUCAUCAAGGCUGCUGCCAAGGAGGCGUCUCUGCCUGGCAUGCGCAACCGCUUCCUCCUCGUCUUCAUCAUGUUCAUGUGGCAAGCCUGGUCUGGUGCCGCUGCGAUCAACUACUACUCUCCCACAAUCUUCACCUCUAUUGGCCUGUCCGACGUCACCCUCUGGACUGGUGUUUAUGGAAUCAUCAAGGCCGGUGGCUCCAUCAUCUUCUUUACCUGGUUUAUUGACAUGUUUGGCCGCAAGUGGCCUUGGAUCGUCUCGUCUUUGAUCUGUGCCUUCUGUCAGUACUACUUGGCUAUCUACAUCAGUCUUGGAAAGCCGAAGGUCGGCCAGCCCAUGUCAGAUUCGACUGUCGCCGGCGGCAAAGGAGCUACAGCCAUGAUCAUGAUCUUCGGCGCCGCUUGGAGCUUCGGUGCUAACGGCCUUCCGUGGAUCAUAUCCGCUGAGAUAUUCCCGACGACUAUGCGCUCGAUUUCAGGCCCUUUCGCAGCUGCCAGUGUGUGGAUUUGGACUCUGGUCGUCACCAAGGCUCUGCCCCAGAUGUACACCAAGAUGGGCUGGGGUGUCUACGUUCUUUUCGCCACGUCUUUGGUCUGCGCCAGCAUCUACGCUUACUUCUUCAUCCACGACACCAAGGGCCUGCGUAUGGACGAGAUGGACCAGCUGUUCGGAUUUCAGAGGACGAUGGAGUACGACUCCCAUACACCGAGUAACAAGGCAGACGAUGAAAGUGAGCACAACGAAAAGGUCGCGUCGGUACAUAUUGACAACGCCGGACGUGUCUGAGUAGGUCGAUGGAGCAUGGCGCGGUGAAUCCCCGCGCUAGCCGCUUCUGAUCGACGACUC